UCCGCUAGGGGAGGUAGCAGGCCGGAUGUGCAUAUCGUUCUGAAACGGGGAAGGAAGGAAGGCCGCCACUCUGCUCCUCUCUUCCUUACCUCUAUAUUGAGCAGAAGGAGGGAGAGAGCGUCUGGCAAGAGUAAGGAGUGGGGAAGGAAGAAGAAAUUCUCAAGUUUGGUGUCCUUCUCGUUGUUGGUGGUGCGAAAUCAGAGCGUUUUCUUCCGAUCCUUUUGGUCCCUACGCGCAGAUCCAGGUUAAGGCAUAUCUGGUUAGAAAGAGUAGCAAAGAUGGUGGCUGCGGAGGAAACCGGUACGCUGUUUCCAAUAUUUAUCCUGGCGAUCAUGGCUCUGUUUUUAGUGCCCUACACGAUUCAUAGGGUUACUCGCGCUCUGUCCAAGAAGGAAAAGACAAUACACUGCCAAUGCUCCACUUGUUUACAUUCCGGGAAGUACCGCAAGUCCAUAUUUAAGCGGAUCUAUAAUUUUUCAACGUGUAGCAACUUGACUGUCGUCCUGCUAUGGGUUUUCAUGGCGUUCCUUGUCUAUUAUGUUAAGCACAUAAGUCGUGAGGUUCAACCUUUUGAGCCAUUUGGUAUUCUUGGACUAAAGGCGGGAAGCACCGAUGCUGAGAUAAAGAAGGCAUACAGGAAACUUUCUAUUCAAUACCACCCUGAUAAAAAUCCAGAUCCAGAGGCUCACAAAUAUUUUGUCGAGUAUAUAUCCAAGGCAUAUCAGGCUCUGACAGACCCAGUCUCUAGAGAAAACUUUGAGAAAUAUGGACAUCCAGAUGGCAGACAGGGGCUUCAAAUGGGAAUAGCACUUCCUCAGUUUUUAUUAAGUAUUGAAGGAACAUCAGGUGGAAUACUUUUGCUUGGGAUUGUUGGAGUAUGCAUACUGCUGCCUCUGGUGAUAGCUGUCAUAUAUCUCUCGAGAUCAUCCAAAUACACUGGGAACUAUGUCAUGCAUCAGACCUUGUAUGCAUAUUAUCACUUCAUGAAACCUUCCCUAGCACCAAGUAAGGUGAUGGAGGUCUUUAUAAAGGCAGCAGAAUACAUGGAAAUGCCAGUUCGAAGGAGUGACACAGAGCCCCUUCAGAAGCUGUUUAUGGUUGUUCGUAGUGAGUUAGGUUUAGAUACUAAGAACAUCAGGCAAGAGCAGGCAAAGUUUUGGAAAAGGCAUCCAGCUUUAGUGAAGACAGAACUGCUGCUUCUGGCCCAGUUAACACGUGAAUCAGUUUCUAUUCCCAUUACAUUGCAGGGCGAUUUCAAGCAUGUGAUUGAACUUGCACCUCGCCUUCUUGAAGAACUAAUGAAGAUGGCUAUAAUAAGGCGCAGCCCUGGGGGAUAUGGGUGGCUAAGACCUGCAAUUGGGGUGCUUGAACUAUCCCAAAGUAUAAUUCAGGCUGUUCCUCUCAGUGCAAGAAAACCAGUUGGAGCAUUUGCAGAGGGCAAUGCUCCCUUUCUGCAGCUGCCACAUUUCAGUGAAUCAGUCAUUAAAAAAAUCAGUCGAAAAAAGAUCCGAUCAUUCCAGGAGCUACAAGAUAUGUCACCACAAGAGUGUGCUGAGCUGUUGACGCAGACUGCUGGAUUCUCUGAUGAAGAAACCCAAGAUGUGCAGGCUGUUCUCAAUAUGAUGCCAUCACUAACCAUUGACAUCACAUGUGUGACAGAAGGUGAAGAAGGUGGUAUACAGGAGGGUGAUAUUGUGACUAUGCAUGCAUGGAUUUCCCUCAAACGAGGGAAUGGCUUAACUGCUGCACUCCCUCACUGCCCAUAUUUCCCAUUCCAUAAGGAUGAGAACUAUUGGUUGUUCCUUGCGGAUUCUGGCUCAAAUGAUUUGUGGAUUUCCCAAAAGGUGAGUUUCAUGGAUGAGACAACUGCCAUAGCUACUGCAUCAAGUGCCAUAGAGGAGUCAAAAGAAGGAGCAGGUGCAAACAGGAGGGAGAUACGGCUAGCCGUAAGGGAAGCUGUUGAGAAAGUGAAAAGCGGUUCAAGGUUUGUGAUGGGCCAGUUUCAGGCACCUGCUGAAGGAACUUACAACCUGACAGCCUACUGCAUAUGUGAUUCUUGGAUUGGGUGUGAUAAGAAAACAAAUAUUAAGUUGAAGGUGUUGAAGCGGAAGCACUCUGGGCCAAAGGUUGGUGCAGUGGUUGAAGAGGGAGCUGCUGUUGAAGACGGGGCAGAGGAAGAAGAAGUAGUGGAUGAAGGAUAUGAUGAUUAUGAAAGUGAGUAUAGUGAUGAUGAUGGAGAGGAACAAUCUAGAAAGGGAAACGAUAAACUACAGAAUGGCGAUGCACAAGGAAACAGUGGUUCAAGCUCUGAAGGUUCUGUAACGGACGAAGAGUGAGCCAUUCUUUUUACUGAGCCUAGUCAUACAAUAGUCAUCUUUUGCUUCUUAUUUUUUUCACAUUUUGAGUUAGUAUUUUAUCCUCUCUUUUUAGCUUAAAUGUAACACUAUACAGUCGAAUUUUACAUUACCUAAUAAAACUGAUCAUACGAUAGCUGCAGAUUUAAUUC